CAUUUCCAUGAUUACUUACCUAUUUCGAAGAAAAUUGUGGAAUUUGUGAAUAAAAAACUAGUGUUUCUAUCAAAAAGUCAACAAAAAUGAGUCCCCAACAAAAAAACAAUGAUGAAUCUAUUGACGAUGAUGCGGAAUUAUUGGCUCUGGAGAAACUUCUCGCAGAUGCCGAAGAACAAGGCCGGAAACCUACAUCAGAAGAACAAAAAAUUGACGAGGAGAAAAGUAAGCCCAGUGUGCCACGUCUACGUGAGGACAGCACGUUUGCAGAUGCCUUCAGUUAUGAAGUGGAUACACAGUUGGCCUCUAAAGCGGCCAAAGAGGUGGAGAGUCGCAUGGAAGAUGUAGACUCUUCGGAUGAUGAAGAAAUACGAAAUUUUCUGGAGAGAAAAUACAAUGAGUAUGGAUCGGAUGUUAACAAAAAAUUGAAGCAACAGAAUGAUGCUGCUAAAGAGUCGAGAAUUGAGAAAGAAGUCAAUGCAGCCAUAAAGCAAAACGAGGCGGAGGAAAAGAGAAAUGGAAACUUUGAUAUGCAUAUAAAAAAUCCUCACAAUCCCAUAAAAAGACAAACGCUUAUAACAAAUUCUUUUAAGGCAACCGUUAAACACCCAGAAACUUUAGCGGAUACUCACCCAACUCCUUCAAACAGUACCCAAAGUUCCGUGUACAUGGACCCUAUAUUUGGUCUGCGUAUAAUAAAGCCAUUGGUAUCAAGUACCCUUUUGAAAGAAAGAAUGGCUGGGCGACAACCUGUGGCUUUCUCAGCCAUUGCCUUUCAUGUGCAAAGGGGCGAUCUAACCAAAGAUUGGGUAAUAGGUGCAGUACUCACUCGCAAGGGCAACACUCAAAUGACAAAGAAGAACAAACCAUUUUGUAUAUGGCAGUUGUCAGAUUUAAAGGGUGAAAUGAAGACUGUGUCAUUAUUUCUUUUCGGAGGAGCAUACAAGGAGCUUUGGAAAACAGCUCAAGGAACCUGUGUUGCUGUACUUAAUCCCACCAUUUUUGAAAAGCGUGCAGAUAGCAAAGAUGUUGCUUGCUUGUCAAUAGAUACUGCGGCUAAAGUGAUGAUACUGGGCCAGUCCAAAGACUUGGGGGCAUGUAAGGCAGUUAAACGUAACGGUGAAGUUUGCAAUGCUCUGGUCAACUUAAGCGAAUGCGAUACUUGUGUUUUUCAUAUGAAGCAGGAAUUCUCAAAAAUGUCCAAACGCUCAGAAUUGCAAUCGGCCAAUGCUGGUCGUGGACUACAAGAUUUGCGUGACAAAGUGUUGGGUAAGUCGGAAGUUUUCUAUGGUGGUCAAUCAUUUACUGCUGUUCCGGCUCGCAAAAGCGCUAAGUUGACUUCCAAAGAUAGCCAGAGAAUAAGUAGUUUAUCUGAAUAUGCCAUAUCGCCCUUUGCCGGUUCCGUCAAUCAUACAUCCAAAGCAAAGAGUGAUGUAACAACUAUUCCCUAUGCUGCACGUGAAGGUCCCGUUUCAAAAAUAGCUGGCAAUGUUGAAGCUUCAAGAAAACAGCGGCUAAAAGAUAUAGAACGGCUACAGAUUCUGCAGGCGGAAUCAGCAAGGAGUGGAUCACCCUCUAGCUCUACACCGAAUACACCACAAACAAGUAAGGCCAAUGAGUCAUUGAGUAGUCAGAAAAAAUCACCAAGCACGCCCUUAACACCCUCAACACCAUCUGCUGCAUCUAGUUCAUUUUCCACAUCAUUCACCGCUGUACCAGAAAAAUUUAAAAAUCGAGAGUUUUCCUUUAGCGCCAAAUCGCCAUCUCUUUCUAGGGAAAAUUUUUCUCUUGAGGUUAAUAUCGGGGAGCGACGGGCGUCCAUGGCAAAACAAAAGGCUUUGGACAUACUGAAAAAUAAACCCAUAAAGAAAGCCGAUCCCAAUUCCACACGUGGCACCAAGGACGGCAAACGAAGGGCCAUCGAUGAUCUCAACGAGCAAUUUAUGAGUCAAGAGGCAAAAAAACAAAAAGUAGACGAGGAGCUAAAGGAGCAAGAGCGUAAAAGUCGUAUACAACGCAUUAUGGAUGCCACAUCAUCGCACACCAACUUAAUUGACAUGCGUGAACGUGAGGAACAGGAGAAAUACUUUAGCAAGCUGGAGAAAAAAGAGGCUUUGGAAGAGAAAAUGUUGCAAACCUAUAAAAUGCCUUGCAAAGCGGUUAUAUGUAAAUUAUGCAAAUAUACCGCCUUCUCAGCGGCCGAUCGUUGUAAACAGGAACGACAUCCCCUCAAAGUAGUCGAUGCCGAAAAACGUUUCUUCCAAUGCAAAGACUGUGGCAAUCGCACGGCUUCCGUAUUUAGGCUACCAAAAACUUGCUGCUCCAACUGUCAGAGCUCUAGAUGGGAAAGAUGUGCCAUGAUACGCGAACGUAAGGUGGGAACUGGACCCGAAGUACUCUCCUUGCGUGGCGACGAAGAGAUGUUCAUUGGCAGUGUUUCUGGCAAGGCAAAUUUAAAUUUGGCUGUUCCCGACGAUUAGGUAAUUUUAACACAACAUUUUAUUGAGAUUCGUUGUUCAGUUAGAAAUAGCAAUAAUGACUUAGUUUUUAUUAAAAUUUUAGUUGUAAGACUUUUUAAAAAAAUUUUAAAUAAGAUUUAAAACAAAAAAAAAUAAUCUGUUGGGGAAAAACGCAUUCAAUGAUUUUUUAAGCAGGCGCUAAAGAGAAAAUCUUAUAAAUUGUUGAGGAUAAUUAAAAUUGGCAGUUAAAACAAGUGGUCCUAAUGUUGAACUACUGCUCGACAUCAAAGGCAUUGGCAGUGAUAUGACUGGGGCUGCAACCCCUGACAGAUCUCAAAGCCGACUCUGCGAAAUUUAGGGUCAAAUUUCCAUCGACUCAAGAUCAGGGAGUUUUGGCCACUCAAUUUUCUGGGCAGGGUGCUUUGGAUACGUUACAACCAUCACUUCAUUAAUCCGCACUUUUAUACAUAUAUUUUCCUUCUUAUAAUCAACACAACUGGAUUAGCUUCAGAUUUCUAAGUAAAACAAAUAAAUGCUCAAAUUCCGCACCUGUCUUAAGGUUGCGGAAACCUCACGAUGCAAUACAGCGCGUCGUUGUCUAAAAACACACAAUAAGCAGGAACGAUUUACUCAAUUCGUAACAAAGUUUGAAAAUGUUGUCAAAGAAUUAAUAAUAACAUUUUUAUUGAAUCGAUAUUUCGUUACAUCUCGUUACAAAUGUUUUCCCCUUUUCAAUGGUAUGCAAAAUAAACAAUAAUAACAAGGAGGGUACUUUGGCAAUUGGACAAUUGGAAAGUGUAAUAUACCAAAGCAAAUUCUAAAGUAAUAGCAAAAGAUAAAAGAUAGACAUUCUUCAAUCAAGUUUGUUUGUUUAUUAGCGCAAAUAUCUAUUCAGUCAAUUCAAUUUAAUUCAGUGCAAUUCGGAUUACCGCUCACAUUUAUUAUAAGCUAACGUUUUCCGAGAAGUUAUUAUU